GAUGGUUGGAAUGGAAUGCUCUCUCAGGUGGUCAGGAAGAAGGCCCACAUGGCGGUUGGCUCUCUGACCAUCAAUGAAGAACGUUCUGAGGUCGUGGAUUUUUCUGUACCUUUCAUAGAGACUGGAAUCAGCGUCAUGGUCUCCCGGAGCAAUGGCACCGUCUCCCCCUCAGCGUUCCUAGAGCCGUUCAGUGCUGACGUCUGGGUUAUGAUGUUUGUGAUGCUGUUGAUUGUCUCAGCAGUGGCUGUCUUUGUCUUUGAGUAUUUCAGCCCCGUGGGGUAUAAUCGCUGCUUGGCAGAUGGUCGCGAGCCUGGAGGACCCUCCUUCACUAUCGGCAAAGCCAUUUGGCUGCUGUGGGGGCUGGUGUUCAACAACUCUGUGCCGGUGCAGAAUCCAAAGGGAACGACGAGCAAAAUCAUGGUGUCCGUCUGGGCUUUCUUCGCUGUCAUCUUCCUGGCCAGUUACACAGCCAACCUGGCAGCCUUCAUGAUCCAAGAAGAAUAUGUGGAUCAAGUGUCCGGCCUGAGCGAUAACAAGUUUCAAAGUCCCAAUGACUUUUCGCCACCGUUUCGUUUCGGAACCGUCCCCAACGGGAGCACAGAGAGGAACAUCCGCAACAAUUACCCAGAGAUGCACUCAUACAUGACGAAGUUCAACCAGAAGUCUGUGCUGGAUGCUCUCGUGAGCCUCAAGGCUGGUAAACUGGACGCUUUUAUAUACGACGCAGCGGUGCUGAAUUACAUGGCGGGGAGAGACGAGGGCUGCAAAUUGGUCACCAUCGGCAGCGGGAAGGUAUUUGCCACGACCGGCUACGGCAUUGCCAUCCAGAAGGUCAGCGGCUGGAAACGGCCUGUCGACCUCGCCAUCCUCCAGCUAUUUGGCGAUGGGGACAUGGAGGAGCUGGAGGCCUUGUGGCUCACUGGAAUCUGUCACAAUGAGAAGAAUGAGGUGAUGAGCAGCCAGCUAGACUUGGACAACAUGGCCGGGGUCUUCUACAUGCUGGGGGCAGCCAUGGCCCUAAGUCUCAUCACCUUCAUCUGUGAACAUCUCUUCUACUGGCAGCUACGCUACUGUUUCAUGGGGGUCUGUAGCGGCACUCCAGGAGCGGUCUUCUCUGUCAGCAGGGGGAUCUACAGCUGUAUACACGGAGUGCACAUCGAGGAGCCGCAGUCCUGUGGGGGAUCACCCAAUGGCACCGUCAACGACACCCACUCCAACAUCAUGCGGCUGCUGCGAACCGCCAAGACCAUGGCCACGCUGAGCGGGGUGAACGGCGGGCAGUACGGCUCUCCCCCCAGCGCCCUGGAUUACGUGGGACGGGACCCGGUGGGCUUCGAGCCCUCCGAGCACAGGCGCAGUCUGGUCCACUCGGACCUCAAGGCCUACCAGCCCGAGGACAACCUGUUCAGCGACUACAUCAGUGAGGUGGAGCGGACCUUCGGCAACUUGCACACGGGCAAGGACGGUAACGGCAUCUUCCAGGAUCAUUACUACCAUCACCGGCCGCACAGCAUCGGCAGCGCCAGCUCACUGGAUAUCCCGUACGAGUGCGAUAAUGCGCUGUUCGGGACCCAGACCCGGUCGCUGUCCCGGAAGCCCAUCGAGAUCGGUCUGCCCCUGAAACGCAGCCACUUGAGUGACAGCUACGAGAGCCACAAGUACCCGUUCAAGGGCGACCGCUACGCCCACGACGACCUGAUCCGCUCCGACGUGUCCGACAUCUCCACCCACACCGUGACCUACGGCAACAUCGGCAGCGCCAAGCGGCGCAAACAGUACAAGGACAGCCUGCGCAAGCGCCCGGCCUCCGCCAAGUCCCGCAAGGAGUUCGACGAGAUCGAGCUGGCGUUCCGCCGCAGAGCGGCAAACGCGCCCGACCGCAAGGCCCGCUUCUUCAACAAGGACAAACUGCGGGAUUUUUACCGGGAUCAGUUCCGCUCGAAGGAACCGGCCGCGCACUGGGAGCACGUGGACCUGACAGAGCUGUACAAGGGCCGGGAAGAGGAGGACGGUUACGGUCGGGACGCAGAGACCCCGCAGCGACUCAACCUCGUCCACCACGGGGGGCUCGGGCUGGGGCUCGGGCUGGGGCUGGGCGGCUUGUGGGAGUCGAACGCUCUGGACUGGGGCGAGCACCACCCGCCCGGUUACUGCGCGGCCAAGGGUCACGGCUACAGUGCCGGGGGGCAGAGCGCCGGGCGGACAGCCUGCGCCCGCUGCGAGUCCUGCAAGAAGCCGGCGGCGCUGUACGACAUCAGUGAGGACAACUCGGGGCCCGACGUGGAGCGGUGCCCGCCAGGCGGGGUCACGGUGGGGGUCGCAGCCAACGUCAAGCACCAUCAGAGCCCCGCGGGCUCGGCCAAGCUCCAGCGGCGGGACCGAGGCAAACUGCGGCGGCAGCACUCGUACGACACCUUCGUGGAGACGCAGAAGGACGAGGGGGUGAGCGUCGCGCCCCGGAGCGUCAGCUUGAAGGAGAAAGACCGCUUCGUGGAGGGAAGCCCCUACGCCCACCUGUUCGAGAUGCCCCCCGAGCCCCUCUUCACGUCCAGGCCCGAACCCCACAACCCGAGCGGCUACAUGCUCAGCAAGUCACUGUACCCAGACCGGGUCACCCACAACCCCUUCAUCCCCACCUUCGGAGACGACCAGUGCCUCCUCCACGGCUCCAAGUCUUACUUCUUCAAACCCACGAUCAGCGGCAAACUCCGCUCCGACUCCCGGCACUCCGCCAAGUCCGUCUCCUCGGUCUUCGGGGCAGUGCCCGCCCGCUUUCAGAAAGAGAUGUGUCCGGCCGGCCAGCCCGCGCCCUGCAUGGCGAACAAUAAAAACCCGCUGGGAGCGUUCAACGGAGCCAGCAACGGGCACGUGUACGAGAAAUUGUCCAGCAUCGAGUCUGACGUCUGA